AUGUCAAGAUCAACUCUGCUCGAUUCUAGCGAAGUUCUUGUUAUUGGUGGCCAGGGACCUACCGGUUAUUUGACUGAAUGUGAAAUAUAUGAGCCAUUAGCUGGUCAAUGGCACACUGCUGCGAGUAUGGCAAUACCACGAAAAUGGCAUACUGCAACGUUACUCAAAUCGGGUCAAGUUUUAGUCACAGGUGGCACCACCACUGAGUCAGACGUUCUUGUGAAUAGUACUGAAAUAUAUGAUCCAUUAACGGACAAAUGGAGUCAUAGUGCAAGCAUGAAAGCAGCACGAUCUGAGCAUAUUGCAAUUCUACUGAGUUCAGGCAAAGUACUUGUCUUUGGUUCUGGAAUUAGUUCUGAAAUAUAUGAUCCAUCAACGGAUCAGUGGAACCCUGUUGCAAGUAUGAAACCACCAGCACGUUAUUAUUCUAUUGCGGCUCAGCUCAAGUCAGGUAAAGUUCUUGUUACUGGUGGCGUCCGAUCAGCUAUGUAUCAGGCUGAUUGUGACAUAUAUGAUCCAUCAACAGACCAAUGGGAUACUAUUGCAAACAUGACAGCACCACGUGCUGCUCAUACUGUAAUUUUGCUCAAUUCAGGCAAAGUUCUUGUCACUGGUGGUGAGACAAAUGACCAAGUGUUGGCUAGUUGUGAAAUAUAUGAUCCAUAUACAGGCAAAUGGACCAAUGUUCCUAGCAUGAUAGAAGAACGUUCUUCUCAUACUACAACCUUGCUCAAGUCAGGAAAAGUUCUUGCUACUGCUGGGGAGGGACUUAUCCAUGCUCUGAAGAGCUCUGAAAUAUACGAUCCAUCUACAGGCAAAUGGAAUUCCAGUGCACGUUUAUCACUAUCACGUGCUUCUCAUACUGCAACUCUACUCAAUUCAGGCAACGUUCUUGUUGUUGGUGGUCAAUAA